CACAGUGUUUUUCGUGCCAUUCAGAAACGAUUUGCAGUUAACAAUGGAUGUUCCUUUCCACAGCCUGGCUGUCGUCCUAUAUUUGGGCGAUUCAGACCAGAUAUUGCCGGGGUUUGCCAUCCAUUUAUUACCUGUGCUAAUCGCCUUUUAGCAGAUAAUAAGACUCUGCACUUCUUCUUAAAUCUGAGCUCGUCAUCUGUGUCUUAUGAUGUUCCUCUUUUACAGAGUCUUUUUGAAUCAGAGAGUCCGAUCCUCGAUAAUGAGUUAUGUGGUGUUAUUGAACAGAAAACAAGCCGCCGUCCAACAUGUGUCUCUUUUAGGGUUCUUAUUCCAUUGGAUCUAGAUGAGUGUCCAUAUGCUAUCUUUUUAUCUACUGGCACUCAUUCUCAUCCUCCCCCACCUCCAACCAAGCCACCACAAAUCAUUUUAGAUGAGAUUCUCGACUUGAUGAAGCGCAUGCGAAAUCCAGAUCUGACAUUGAGCACUUUCCUCCGCAGCCCACAGCUGAAGGAAUUCUGUCAGAGGUAUGAUGGAAAGGAACUCUCUCAGAUCCAUUAUAGCUUUGUAAAUCAAGACAAACUUUCAGCUCUUACCACUAAGAUAAGAGCUCUGCUAUUUCCCCAGGGAAGGGACUUUAAUGGGGUGGUCUUUGAGCGCCAACGAAAUGUAAAAUAUCAGACCUAUGUACGGCGAAUAUUUGCAGAAAAUGAUUGUAUUAUGAUCAUUUGUGGAUUUGACCAACAAAUUCAAUUUCUAGCCUCUCUAUCAAGCUUUGAGGUGGAUAUGUCCUAUAAGAGGGUCAAGGGAGCCUUUAAUGAGGUGAUUUUUGCAACAUUUCUUCCUGAUCAUAACAAGGUCUUCACACUGCUCCGGGUCUUUAUCAAUCAGGAAACGGCUGAAAGCUAUAGGCUUUUAUUCCAACAAGUGUUCUCUCUUAUUUCUGAAGUAUGUGGGAGACCAGUCGAGUUCCAUUAUUUACAUAAUAGUGGGAUAAAAGCUGUUGUGGUUGAUAUGGAUGCAAAGCAAAUGUCUGGUCUUGGCCACUACCUUCAAUCUCUUGAUCCAUUAUGUCGACCGUGGACAUGGCAGCUCAAAAAUGUCAUUAUUUUUUGCCAUGUUCACUUCAAGCGAACAAUCACUAGGCUAUUGGGAUCAGAUAUGGAUUUAGGAUCUGAAGAGCUGUAUCAUUCUCCCUGGUUUAGAAUGAAAAGUCUUCUAUCUUGUGAGAGUGAAGAUGACUAUUAUCAUUUGAUUGCACUUUUACAAGAUAAUGAGAGUUCAGAGAUUGUUCAGUGGGCCGAGCAUAAAAAACACCCUGUUAUUGCAGCUGGUCUAAAUAAAUCUUGUUCCUUGAUGAACCCUACCUUCUUUGAAUCUACAAGGAAUAUUACGAAUGCUGUUGAGCAGAGUCAUUAUAAGUCAUACUGGAUGGGUGUAUAUGAUUCUUUGCUUGGUGCCACAUUAGGGUCUUUCACGAUUGAUCAACGUGAUAUUGACCAGUACAAUGCUAGAGUGGCCUUCGGAGUCUAUCACAAUUCCAGAGAUAAUAGCCUAGAGACCCGAUAUUACAAUCAUUUGGGUAAUGAGAGUACGCAACCAGUUUCCUAA